AUGUCAAAGACACAGACAGGGGCACCAGGUGCAGUUGCUCUCAGUCGAGGCCAGAAAGCAGCGCAGACGAGGGCCAUAAACAAGCGGAUUCGAGACGAACAAGAUGCAAAAAUUACAGCUAAACCUACGACUGCUCGAGACGCCAAAGUGAAGGCUGUUGAGAACCGCGUGUGGAUGCAAUCUCAGGGAGCGACGCGGAAGCGUGCGGGCUCUGUGAUGGCGCCCACGAACACAAACAAAAAUAAAAAGACCAAGAACGAUUCUGCCUCCGUGGACAAUUAUAAGACGUUGGCCGAUACACCGGCAGCAAAGGGUCGCCUUUACAAACCCGCUGUCAUUGCAUCAGAUUCAGACGGCUCGAGCGUGCCAUCGGAUGUCGAUGACGUGGACGCCGACGAUGACGCGGAAGGCCAGCGCGAGGCGGAAGCAGAGGAAUCUGACGAUGAGCAGCUCAUGCAGAUGGCUCCUCGUUCUCUGGCUGAGGCCUUGCAGUCUGAGGCUCCCCUGUUUCAAGGACAUCAUUACGACUCAGGCGACGAGGAAUACGACCCGGUCCUGCAUGCGCCGCCCAAGAUGCGGCGCAAGUCUCGCAGUGUCAGUACCUCGUCGUACGACUCUGGCCAUGUGAGUGUCCCUGACGAUGAAGCAUCUGAGGACGGUGUACCAUCGAGCACAUCCCGUCGGUCGUCU